UCGGCACUUUCCUUCCAAACUCUACUUUCUCAAAAUAAACUAUAAAUAUUGACUCGUAGGCAGUUGGUAACUUGCGUGAAGGGCGGAGUGAGGGAAAAAACAGAGAAGUGUUCCAGAGGUAUGGGUGAGGUAGUUGAAGACAGCGCCACCGCGCCACCGCCGGUGGUAUCAGCCCCACCGAUGCAAACUCAGUACAACUCACCCUCUCUGUCAAGAAAGCCAUUACUCCAAAUAGAACACCCAAAUGCAGCAAAAACCAAGAGUCCGAAGACCUCUCAUUCUCGGACUCCGAGCUUCAUAACACCCUUGGGGAGUCCAGUGAGGAGGGCCAUUAAGCUCACGAAGCUUGACCCCCAAGAUGCUUGGCUACCCAUCACCGAGUCCAGAAAUGGAAAUGCUUAUUACGCUGCUUUUCAUACACUCUGUUCUGGCAUUGGGAUUCAGGCUCUUGUUGUCCCUGUUGCCUUCACUGUUCUUGGCUGGGCAUGGGGAACAAUAAGUUUGACAGUGGCAUUCGUUUGGCAGUUGUACACACUGGGGCUGUUGGUUAAGCUUCAUGAAUCCACCGAAACUGGGAUGCGUUAUAGCAGAUACCUCCAACUCUUCAGUGCAACUUUCGGUGACAAAAUGGCAAAUAUUUUUGCCGCCUUCCCAAUAAUGUAUCUGUCCGGCGGAACUUGCGUUGCCCUAAUCAUAAUUGGCGGUGGAACAAUGAAAACCUUCUACCAAAUAGCGUGCGGGGCAAGUUGCGCCGGCAAGCCAAUGCCGUUAACCACGGUGGAGUGGUACUUGGUUUUCACUUGCGCUGCCGUGCUUCUGUCUCAGCUGCCCAACUUGAACUCCAUCGCCGGUGUAUCUCUCGUCGGUGCUAUCACCGCCAUCGGCUACUGCACGAUAAUGUGGAUUGUUUCGGUCACAGAGGGCAGGCUUGAUGGUGUGUCGUACGAUCGAGUGAGACCGGUCUCCAAUGUUGUUUGGAUAUUUGGCAUUUUGAAUUCGUAUGGAAUUAUUGCUUUUGCUUUCAGAGGCCAUAAUCUUACCCUCGAAAUUCAGGCAACAAUGCCUUCAAGUGAGAAGCAUCCAUCCCAUGUGCCAAUGUGGAGAGGGGUUCAAAUUGCUUAUGUGAUUGUUGCAAUGUGCUUAUUUCCUCUUGCGAUAGGAGGAUAUUGGGCUUAUGGCCACAAGAUACCAGAAAAUGGUGGAAUGUUAGCAGCAAUUUACACGUACCACGGACGCGACACAUCGCAAGCUGUUUUAGGAUUAGUGAGCCUGUUCAUCAUAGUAAACGCAGUGAGCUCCUUCCAGAUCUACGCCAUGCAAAUGUUUGACGACAUGGAGUCCAAGUUCACCAGCAGGAUGAACAGGCCCUGCCCGUGGUGGCUCCGGGCAAUCUCCCGGGCCAUGUUUGGGUAUGGGUGCUUCUUCGUGGCUGUUGCGAUUCCCUUCUUGGGUAGCUUCGCUGGGUUGAUCGGUGGGGUUGCAUUGCCCGUGACAUUUUCAUAUCCGUGUUUCAUGUGGCUUAAGAUUAAGAAACCCAAGAAGCAUAGUUUCGCGUGGUGGCUCAACUGGGGACUGGGAAUUUUGGGCAUGGUUUUGAGCGUUUUGGUGAUUGCUGCUGGGGUUUAUGUUGUGAUUGACACUGGCAUUAAAGUGAGCUUUUUCAAGCCUCAGUAAAGGAUAGAGCCUGCGGGGGAUAUGGUAAGGAAGUGUAUUUUAUAGACAUUGGCUCUGAUUUGAAUGGGUCUGAUGAGCUGAAGGAAGUAUUGUUAGAUUUCCUUCAAAGCUUUUGUGUUUAUAGUUGCUUGCAACCAUCAAAUAAUGCUCUCACCAAUAUACUCCACUCUAUGUACUUGGACGUUCUUCUGUAUCUGUUAACCAUAGAAAAACAAUGCCACAUUUUGUGCACAGUGAUUGUGCGGCACA